AUGCCAACUAUUAAAGAAUGCAUUGAUAAAAAGGUUCAAUUUGGUACUACGAUGUCACUAGCCAAGACCAGUAUUCAAAUUGCAGUAUCAGAGGGAGUUGCAGCAGAAUUAGUCGGGGUUUUAACCCAAUUCAUAACAAAAUAUUAUCGCAAUACUGGUUUGGGCAUACAAAAGACUCAUAGUAUACAAAAUGAAGAUAUGCAAACAAAUGCCUCUACUAGUGAAAUUGAAUCUGAUAACCGACAAUCUCUAAUUAACUCAGGUUCUCGCUUUAAUACUACUGAAGUUUCUAAUCCAGAAUAUCACAAGCCAAGAGGCCGUCCCCCAAAACGAUUGAAAUCAUAUAUUGAAGAAGAUAAAGAAAAUGCUAAGCAACAUUCUAAUCGUGAACAAAGAAC